AUGAAGCUCCAGUGGAGAGUGACGACCGGCUCGCUGCUAGAGCUCGCAGUGACGGCCACCGGCGCCGCCGCCACCGGCUGGUUCGGCGUCGCGUUUUUUAACAUGAAGCUCCACUGGAAAGUCACGACCGGAUCGCUGCUAGAGCUCGCCGUAACGGCCACCGGCGCCGCCGCUACCGGGUGGUUCAGCGUCGCGUUCUCCAAGAGCGGCGGCAUGGUGACGGCAGACGCGGUCAUCGCGAACCAGGGAGGCUCGCCCGUCCCCGUUAAUACGUACGCCAUUACGAGCUACUCGACGGUGAAAGCCACGACCGCGUUCGGCGCGGGCGGAAAGGCUUUCACGGGCGGAACGACGGCCACGAUGAAGUUCACUCGCAGCACUGGAGAUGGAGGGGUAGCGCCGGUGAACGUGCGGGGAAGCAACAGGAUGGUGUAUGCUUAUUCCAAGAGCGGCGCCAAGACCAUUGCUUACCACGGCUCGCACUACGGAGUCUUCACAGUCGAUUUCUCCUGCAAUGGCUCCCCCGUCGCCCCCCCGCCUCCCCCUCCGCCCGCCACCAACCCCCCUCCCCCCACUGGCGGAACAACCACCCCCCCUCCUCCCCCUACUGGCGGAACAGGCACCCCCCCGCCUCCCCCUGCUGGCGGGGCAGGCUCCAACCCCCCUCCGCCCACCACCAGCGCCCCCCCACCUCCGCCUCCCCCCCCUUCUUCCUUCGCCACGGGUAGAGCCUGCCCCGCGUCCACCCUCCCUGGAUACGCCUUCCAAGUCGCCCUGCGCCCGCCCAAGUGA